GUUCCUCUGAGCGUCACACCCGCUGUGAGUUCGCUCGGUGAGCGGAGGAUUUACCGGGACUUUGUGGCGGUUUGAGCGCUUUAAAGGAGGAUGAAGACGUUGGUGAUGUUCCUGGUGCUCCUGAACGUUUCCCAGCAUGCCUCAGCUGUGGAGCUGUAUGAGGGGGACUCCUUCAUCCUGCCCUGUGAAUUUCACACUUUUGACCUGAGAGACCCCUCAGUGUUGUGGAGCCGCUCUGACCUCAGUCCUCCAACCGUCCACCAGCGUCAGCUCCAAGGAGACGAACUGAAAGAGCAGAACCAGCGUUACAGCGGCCGAACAUCCAUGAAGACUGACGCUCUGGAGACUGGAGACCUCAGCCUGAAGCUGACCGACCUCCAACUGUCUGACAGCGCCACCUACACCUGCUCUGUUAGAGAAUAUGGACGUGAACUGAGUCAGAGUGAUGUACAGCUGCAGGUCAAAGAACGGUUUCCAUCCUGGGCCAAAGCUCUCCUGGUUCUCCUGGUUCUUCUGGUGGUUUCUGGAGGUCUUUUAUUUCAUUUCCGGCAGCACUUCAUGUCAGGUUACAAGGUGGAGGUGGAUUCAGGGGUGGAGUCUGUCCAUCUGCCCUGUAAAACUAUAGUUCACCUGCCCAAAGGCACUAAGGUGGAGUGGAAGGACGGAGACAGCAGGAAGGUCCACGUGUAUCAGAGCAGCUCUGAGCAGCCUGAAGAACAGCACGACUUUUACAGAGGACGAACAAAGAUGGAGAGAAACCUGCUGAAACCUGGAGACCUCAGUCUGACCCUGAAACACCCCACAGACACACACACCUACACCUGCACCGCCUACAACAAGAGGGGAGACAUCCUGAUGGAGAAACAAGUGCAGCUGACAGUCAGAGUUUCCCAGCAUGCCUCAGCUGUGGAGCUGUAUGAGGGGGACUCCUUCAUCCUGCCCUGUAAGUUGCCCACUUUUAGACUGAGAAACCCCUCAGUGGAGUGGAGCCGCUCUGACCUCAGUCCUCCAACCGUCCACCAGCUUCAAGGAGACGAACUGAAAGAGCAGAACCAGCGUUACAGCGGCCGAACAUCCAUGAAGACUGACGCUCUGGAGACUGGAGACCUCAGCCUGAAGCUGACCGACCUCCAACUGUCUGACAGCGCCACCUACACCUGCUCUGUUAGAGACCGUAUGUAUGGCUACAACAGACUGGGAGAGGUACAGCUGCAGGUCAAAGAACGGUUUCCAUCCUGGGCCAAAGCUCUCCUGGUUCUCCUGGUUCUUCUGGUGGUUUCUGGAGGUCUUUUAUUUCAUUUCCGGCAGCACUUCAUGUCAGGUUACAAGGUGGAGGUGGAUUCAGGGGUGGAGUCUGUCCAGCUGCCCUGUAAAACUAUAGUUCACCUGCCCAAAGGCACUAAGGUGGAGUGGAAGGACGGAGCCAGCAGGAAGGUCCACGUGUAUCAGAGCAGCUCUGAGCAGCCUGAAGAACAGCACGACUUUUACAGAGGACGAACAAAGAUGGAGAGAAACCUGCUGAAACCUGGAGACCUCAGUCUGACCCUGAAACACCCCACAGACACACACACCUACACCUGCACCGCCUACAACAAGAGGGGAGACAUCCUGAUGGAGAAACAAGUGCAGCUGACAGUCAGAGUUUCCCAGCAUGCCUCAGCUGUGGAGCUGUAUGAGGGGGACUCCUUCAUCCUGCCCUGUCAGUUUAACACUUUUCUACUAGACAGACCCUCAGUGUUGUGGAGUCGCUCUGACCUCAGUCCUCCAACCGUCCACCAGCGUCAGCUCCAAGGAGACAAACUGAAAGAGCAGAACCAGCGUUACAGCGGCCGAACAUCCAUGAAGACUGACGCUCUGGAGACUGGAGACCUCAGCCUGAAGCUGACCGACCUCCAACUGUCUGACAGCGCCACCUACACCUGCUCUGUUAGAGAAUAUGGAGAUGAACUGAGUCAGAGUGAUGUACAGCUGCAGGUCAAAGAACGGUUUCCUUCCUGGGCCAAAGCUCUCCUGGUUCUCCUGGUUCUUCUGGUGGUUUCUGGAGGUCUUUUAUUUCAUUUCCGGCAGCACUUCAUGUCAGGUUACAAGGUGGAGGUGGAUUCAGGGGUGGAGUCUGUCCAGCUGCCCUGUAAAACUAUAGUUCACCUGCCCAAAGGCACUAAGGUGGAGUGGAAGGACGGAGACAGCAGGAAGGUCCACGUGUAUCAGAGCGGCUCUGACCAGCCUGAAGAACAGGACCAGGCUUACAGAGACCGAACGAAGAUGAAUGAAGACCUGCUGAAAACUGGAGACCUCAGUCUGACCCUGAGACUCCCCACAGAUGGAGACAACUGGACCUACACCUGCACCGUCUACAGCAGGGAGGGAAACAUCCUGCUGAGGAAACAGGUGAAGCUGAGAGUCAGAGUCCCCCAGGUGGAGGUGGAGGACGGGGUGGAGUCUGUCCAGCUGCCCUUCACAACCACACUUCACCUGCCUCAAGACGCUAAAGUGGAGUGGGUGGAUGAUGGAGACAACAACACCUACACCUGCACCGUCUACAGCAGGGAGGGAAACAUCCUGCUGAGGAAACAAGUGCAGCUGAGAGUCAGAGUGUCCGUGAAGGUCUCUGCUGCCGUAGAUCCUCUGAACUGUGACAGAGGUCUCACUCUGGAGGAAACUCUCAGCACUUUCCAGCAGCUCCUCCAUCAUGGAGGACGUUCCCUCACUGGAACAGGUGGAGGAGAGAGGAGAGGAAGCACAGGUGGAGGCUCUGAGGAAGAGGAGCGUUCUCACAUUGGUCUUCCUACAACAACACCUUGA